AUGGACGAGACAUACCGAGCCAAGUUAUCCGGUUCACCCAACCCUCAUCCUCGAGUACAUGUAGGUGAUGAUCACACACCUCCUCACCAGGACAACCACGGGGAUACCAUCCACAUCCAACCUAACCAUCCAGCUAAUAACACUUCACACCCUAUCCCCAUCCAGUUGCCUAAUAUCUUCGUUCAUCCCUACCCACCAAGAGAACGUACACCACCGCCCCCACCUCCUCCCCAACCUGCUCCACCCCCUCCAGCCCCUGCACCAGUCAUGCCACCUGUCACAGUCAACGUUACUGCUCCGCCUAAAGAGACGGUACCAAAAGGAAGGAAAAUUGGUCCUUUCAGAAUUACCAAGCCACACCCACUACUUUGGGUAAGCUUGAUUCUCAGUGUUGUUGCACUGGUGUUGGAGGUUCCUAAAGGGAGUUUACCUACUUUGACCGGUAGACAUAAGGCAUUAAGGACUCAAGAAAAAUUAGUUUCCGAGAAACUCGCUCUCCUCACCAAACUAUCUACUUUCCUUCCACCACCACUUUCAUCUCUCGUCGCUCCUUUAGAUCCUACCUUGCCUUUACAGACCUCUUUAUUGGCUUUGAACGAUCAUCGUCAACUAGACCUCUUACGACUCGCACCUAAUCUUCGAUUCUGGAAUACAGCGAUCGGCGCGCCGUACGGUGUGGGUGUAGGAGAAGAUGGUAAAGGUUGGUGGUCAAUCGAAGAUCUAGGUCAAGGGGCUAGUGUAGUUAGAAGUAAAGAUGGUGAGAGGGAAAAGGAAGUUUGGGUAUUGAAAGUUGCAGAAGGUGGUGAAGAAAAUACCAAUAGCUUAGCAUUAUCUACUGCCCUCACUCAUUCGUUGUUACUUCGUGAUCGACUCCAAAGUGAAGUUUCUCAACUUAAAGCUACACCUUGUCCUGCUUGUCCUAAAUCUGAACAUGGACAUGGCUCGGGACAUGGACUUUAUCACCUCGAUACCUCCCAUGGACAUAUCCAUGCGGUACGAGACGACGAUGAUGAAGAAGCAUAUCAAUCUGCACGAAGGGAAGAAUGGGAGAGACUGGAAGAGAGAAAACGAAGAGAUAAGGAGAGACAUAGGGAGAUAGAAGAGAGGGAAAGGGAAGUCGCAAGAAGAGAGAAAUGGGUUGUGGAAGAGAUGAGAAAGAUGAGUGAUAAGAUUCACGGACAAGCUACCGAAUUGACCUUGGAAGAUAGGAUCACAGAAAGAUUGAAAUCUUAUCAAAGGCAAUUAUCCCAACUGAAAGAACAUAAACAUGACGAGCUUUAG